AUGAGAGGAUAUACGCAGCUAAUAACCAUUGUAGGGGCGCUCACGGACCAUUCCAAGUGCCCCUGCGGAGUGAGCAACGGCGUCCGCAUCGUCGGGGGGACGGAGGUGUCCCCGGCCUUCAGGUAUCCCUGGCUCGUCGUCCUCUUCGAGACUCCGUAUCUGGAGGAGCCCUUCUGCGGCGGCGCCAUCACUAACCCCCGCUACGUCGCCACGGCCGCGCACUGUUUGUUCUCGCGGAGGAACGAGCCCAAGCCCGCGACGCUGCUUCGGGUUAGAGUCGCUGAGGACGACGUGGCUUCCGAGGAGGACGACCUCGAAGGAGUCACGCGGAUGCUGGCGCUGCAGAGCUACAUCGUCCACGAAGGCUUUGCGGAAGACCACCUCAGCAAGGACAUCGCCCUCCUGCAUCUGGACGUCGCACCCGGAGGUCCGCCCCGUGUGCCUGCCGCCGGACCCGACGAAGGUCUACGAAGGGCGAACCGGGAAGGUGCUCGGCUUGGGGGGGACGCGUCCAACGGGAGGGACGAAUUCCCCGGCAUCGUUCGGGAAGUCGACGUCUGCAUCGUCGAGUGCGGACGCAGGAAGAUAGCCGGCGUCUGGAUCACGCCCUUCAUGCUGUGUGCAGAGUUGUAG